AUGGAAGAUCAGUAUCGCUACCCGACCAUCGCCCAGAAGGUAGCCAGCCAGCUAAGUCUUGGCUCCAGUCUCUCUCAGGAUGCACAGGCCCGCUACGGGGGCUUCCAGAGGCCUGCUGCCUACCAGCGAAAAUUUUCUUAUGGAAACUACACAAACCCUGGAUUGCAGUAUUCUUUCACCUGCAGAGCCACCCAGGAUCUCUCCUUGAUUUCCGCCAAUGCAUCACCGGUGUUUGUUCAGGCUCCCCAAGAAAAGGGUUUAGCCAGCUUUGCAAUUGACUUUCUCAUGGGAGGUGUUUCUGCUGCCGUGUCAAAAACGGCUGCAGCCCCCAUUGAGCGUGUGAAGCUUCUGAUCCAAAACCAAGAUGAGAUGAUCAAGGCUGGCAGACUCUCUGAGCCAUACAAGGGCAUUGGAGACUGUUUCAAGAGAACGGUUCAGGAUGAAGGAUUUGGCUCCUUGUGGAGAGGAAACACCGCUAAUGUCAUCCGUUACUUUCCCACUCAGGCCUUGAACUUUGCUUUCAAGGACUACUUCAAGAGGCUCUUCAACUUCAAGAAGGACCGUGAUGGUUACUGGAAAUGGUUUGCUGGGAACCUUGCAUCUGGUGGUGCUGCUGGUGCUUCCUCAUUGCUGUUCGUCUACUCCUUGGACUAUGCCCGUACUCGUCUGGCCAACGAUGCCAAGGCUGCUAAAAAGGGUGGCGAGAGGCAGUUCAAUGGUUUGGUUGAUGUCUAUAGAAAGACCUUGAAAUCCGAUGGUAUUGCUGGGCUUUACCGUGGGUUCAACAUCUCAUGUGUUGGAAUCAUUGUGUACCGUGGUCUGUACUUCGGGAUGUACGAUUCUUUGAAGCCGGUGCUCCUGACUGGAGGAUUGCAGGAUAGUUUCUUUGCCAGCUUUGCCCUCGGUUGGCUCAUCACUAAUGGUGCUGGUCUAGCCUCCUACCCUAUCGACACCGUUCGAAGAAGAAUGAUGAUGACGUCAGGCGAGGCCGUCAAGUACAAGAGCUCUCUAGACGCAUUUGCUCAGAUCCUGAAGAACGAGGGUGCCAAGUCCUUGUUCAAGGGUGCUGGUGCCAACAUCCUCCGUGCUGUGGCUGGUGCUGGUGUGUUGGCCGGUUACGACAAGCUUCAGGUGAUUGUGUUCGGAAAGAAAUACGGCUCUGGCGGGGCUUAA